CAGUUGAAUUUGAGCAGUGAUCGCAGAAGCCUCAUAAGCAAAAAAAAAAACACAAAAUUCAUGCACCCACAAUUAAUUUUCGUUUUGUGAAGUGAACAGAAACCGUGCUAUAAAAAAGAAAAAACUACAGCUAACCAAGCCCAAUAAACCGCAGAAAAAUACAAAAUAAAUACAAAACAAGUGUAGUGCGAAUAACUAACAGCAAACUAUGUGAGCAAGCUGAAUUUAUGCUCGAGUGACAAGAGAAAAAACACGAAUUUUACGUGGCAGUCGAUUUGCCGAGAAGAUGCCAAUUGAUUUUGAUUUUCGCAAAUUAUAACGAGACAUUUAUAUGAUUUGAUAGCUGGCCAGAAAUUCGCAAACAAUUCCCGGCGACCAGGCAAGGUCAUAUCGAUUGUCAUCAGCUGCUGUCGCCGCCACACCACCCACCGCCCAUCACUCGCCAUCAACGACCCACCGCCCACCGACAGACACCACCCAACAAUCCACUGAAGAGCAAACAGAGCAAAUAUGCCAUACUCGCAUACGCCAAGGAGGUGCUUGCACCAGAUGCUAAUAAUAUAUGUGCUAAUAUUUGUUUCCAGUGCAACGACACUUGACCAGGAGCCCUUGCCGGAUUUGUGUGAGUCGGUUAAAUGCCCUCCGGAUGCCGAAAUGCAGUGCCCGGCGGACAGUUCCAUACGCCAUAACCUACUUGCGGUGGACCUGAUUAAAUCGAAUGCGGUGGAGUUGCCCAACGCGAGUGAGAUGGCGUCAGCCGCCGACGGGGUAUCCUACAAUAGAGGUCUGAUCUCCGAUGAGGAUUACGUCCAGUGCUGCUUGAACCGGAAGUGCGUGUGCAAGACCUGUUACAUUCCGGACUGUCCCCUGGAUGCGGACGAGGACGCGGUGGUGGUUGAACUGGUGCCGGAGAAUAAUCAAACGCCCGGAGAAUGUUGCGGCACCUACGAGUGCCAGGCGGAGCCAAAUUGCACCGUGGUGCGGGACACUGACUUCCACUGGCUGAAGCAAUGCGGGCGAUGCAAGUGCGAGUCCGGACUGAAGAUAUGCCACAAGACUUGCGAUGAGAGGGCCGAAGGUGUGUGCCAGUCGAAGAUUUCGGGCAUGUUCUACAAGGAUGGGGAGAACUGGACGGAGAACUGCAAGACGUGCGAAUGCGAGAAGGGGGAGCCGAAGUGCACGAUGUCCUUCUGCGGCAACCUCAACUGUCCCAGUGAGCAGCAGGUGAUGCUCAAGGACACCUGUUGUCCGGUUUGCUGGCCCAAGUGUGCGCCCAUGCCGCACGAGAAGCAGGACGAUGGGUCCUAUGCGGAUUAUGUCGAUGAGUACGAGACGCCGGAGGAGGAAUCCUUGCCGCCACUGCUGCCUGAUCCACUCACCACGCAGCAAAGUGCCGAGCUAAUAGCCACGAGCACCACCACAAGCAGCGGUGGCACCACCUCAACCACAGUUGCUCCACUGGCCGCCACCAUAAGUUGCAACAACGGCUUUGACCAACCGAAAGUCGUAGAGGUGGUAAACCAAACCAACUAUUAUUUCUACUGGCUUGUGCCCUAUUCUGUUAUAGCCUCAAUUGCGAUUGUGGUAAUGAGCUUCUAUAUUUACCAGCAGCGUGCCAAGAAACGUUCCUACGAUCCGGUCUCCAUUCUGGACCACAGCAUCUAAGCAAGAGACCUUUCGAAAUGCUAACAAUACUACUAAAAUUGAAACUAAUUUAGUCCUAAGUAUUCCGUCUUUUCCAAUUGUACGUUGCUAGCUUUUUGAGUGUGACCAGGUGAGCUGGAAACGUAACUGUGCUUUACUGGUCACUUUAAAUUAAUCAGUUUAACCGCAUAUGGUAGAUAGGAAUACCAAAUACCCAAGCCUUCUAAUGCCUUUGCCUUUAUUUGUUUGGUAUUGAUCUCAUUUAAACUUUUCACUUUUUACUUGCAACGAAAACAAAAAUUAAUCGAAUGAAAACUACACGAAAAUAUAAGCAACGAACUUAAGCAGCAACAAAAUCAAAGUAUUCUUAUGAAAUUACGCAAAAAUAUUUAAUUACAAACGAAACAAAAGUUACUAUUUCUAAACAAACGCAAAUGAUGUAUGUACAUACUGGAGCCUUCCUCUUUCCAUGGGAAGUCGAAUUUUUAAGCUUAAAGUUUGAUUUAAGAGAAAUAUAAUACCAAAUCACACUUAAAAGCGAGUAAGCAAAACUUGAAACUAAUCGAGACACGUCUUAGAUUUUAGUGUUAGCUUCUAAUUUAGGAAGUAUGUGAUAUAUAUGCUAAUUAGCCUAUGUAAUUUGUCAACCAAGGCGUGCAGCUGUUUAAAAACAUGGAAAACAGUAUUUGCAACACAAGACCCGAAAGCCCCUAAACGAAAUGUAACGCAUCGCAAUCGCUGAAGGAGGUUCUACUUUAGCUAAUGUCAUAACGUUGCCACUUAAAUGUAUACUAUAAAUUCAUUAUUUAAAUUUAUGUUUAAAAAUAAACCAAAAUUGGUAUGCAAAGCGAUGAAACCAAUUAAA